GUUUUGGUAGCAACACGAGAGCAGAACGAGAGAGAGACUGAACCUGCUUCCAACUGGCUCAACCACGAUCACAAGUAGAUAAGUGAAGCAACGAGCCAAAUCAGGACACUAUAGCGGCAAGAGCUUAACGCAACACUCUCCUCUCUUGUCUCUAUAUUAUUGUCUCUAUAUUGUCUGUGCCUUUUCCUAGUCACGACCAAAAAUCUCAAGAUGGACCUGUGUCUUUUGCUUGGGACGCUUUUCUCGGUCUUGUUAGGCUUAGCUUCUGCCACUUCUCAACAUCAUCCGGAUCUGCAUGCUGUUGGUAAUCGAUUAUCUGACGUCGAAAUAGAAUGCAACAGCAACAAUAUAGUAGUAACCAUAUCCACACCAGAUGAGGACUUUAACGGUAUGAUAUAUCCUAGGGGAUUGUCGAGGAAUUCCAGCUGUCUUACUGAAUAUGAACAUGCUGGCUCAAAAAUUACGUAUAAGUUACCACUUCGCUCAUGUAAUACGAUGAGUCAUGAUAUCUCUGAAGGAGUUGAAUAUUUUAACACUGUUGUGGUUCAACCCCAUCAUAAAUUGGUCACAAGUUUCGGCAGAGGUUUCCACAUACGUUGCCUAUAUCAAACUAAGAAUGAAACAAUGUCUUCUGGUGUGGGAGUCAAUGAUAUUGGAACUACGCCCAUAACAUCAACUGCGCCAAUGCCUAACUGCUUGAUGAAAAUAUAUAUUGGGAGACCUGAGGAACAUCGUCUGGCAGAGCAUGUGAGAAUCGGUGAUUAUUUGACUUUAGUCAUCAGCAUAGACGACCAAGAUGUUUAUGGUAUGAAGAUAACCAACUGUAUUGUGAAAGAUGGUCUUAACUGGUCCGAGCAGCCUCUUAUUAAUAAUGAUGGUUGUCCUAUAGAUGAGGAGAUUAUGGGACCCUUCGAGUAUAACAAGAAUUUAACUUCAGCCCACGUUACAUAUCCUGCUCACAAAUUUCCAUUCACAUCGUCAGUCUACUACCAAUGCAAUGUGAAACUGUGCUUUAGAAUGCACGCAGGAGGCUGCGAUGAUGUGCCACCUAUAUGUGACGAAACUGGUCAUAACGUCCGUCGACGUCGUCGUAAGAGACAAAACGAAGUUGAAGAUGUGGGUAAUCUUCAAGACUUGCGAUCAGAAGACAGAGACCGAAGCUUGGAAGUCUACUCAGGACUAUACGUAAAUGAAGUUGAUGAACUCGAGGACGAAUAUGAAAUUCCAUCGUCUCUUCCGGCCCGCUCUGAUGAUGAAUUCUGUGUUUCGACAAGAAAAUUCGCCAUUGGUAUAGCAAUCGCUGGAGUCCUGUUAAUGCUGGCUGUUAUUCUUUUGGUUGCAUGUAUCGUACACAGACGUCGUAGGAGGAAGGGCUCCUCUACUGCUGGUUCCUCCAUAUAUUCUGGCCCAUAUUCCAACCAUGCUUACAGCAGAGAUUAAUUUGUGAUACGGUCUGCAGGCCAGGCUUGUAAUAACAUUUCGUGUGUAUCCUUCUAAUUCAGGGUCAGCGAAGUUAUCAAUAUUAGCUUCAAAAUGAUGGCUGCGGAAAUUAUUUUUCUACAGAAUGCGAUAAACAUACAUACAGUAUCAAAUGUAUCUGUAUAUUAUGCUUUUGCUCUGGACCUAGCUUGGGUAUUGUACUUCUAAUUGUAAUAGGAACAGCCUCAUUUAUAAAUAACAUAAAUUCGUUUUCAUGCCACUUUUUUAUGACCUUAAUGAUUUUCACUAAAUCUUGGAAUUACGUAACUAAGAGCUUUGAUGAGCUGAAAUCAUCAGUAAUACUUAAUAAGUUUUUCACUAGGUGUCGUAUGUGUUUUUUUUCCUUGUGCGUGCUUCAAAGUACUGUUCAUGUGAGUGGCAUAAAGUUUUGCUUGUGUACUUUUGUGUUACUAUAUCUUCGUUGUACAUUUAUUUGUCUUUUGUGCGCAGCAGAAUGAUGUUAAAUUAUUGAAAAACUGUUCUUCUUCUGUUAUUUUGUUCAAUAUUAUAUUUAGGAAAUAGGUGGAAA